AUGGCGAUCGAGGUGCGAAGAUUCGUGAGCAAGCCGGAGGACCAAGUCAACUAUGUUUGGUUGGAUGAAGGCAGCGGUGUUAUCCGGGAGACGGCCUUGGAGCCAUAUGCGCUCGCCAGCGGUAUUGAUUCGCGUAGGGCCUUUGACGAAUAUAUCGAGGCCAAUGCUGUCACUAGUUGGGAAGAAAAGACCAAGCGAGGCGAUACAAAUCAACUCAUCCUGGAUCAUUACACAGAAGCCUUGGAACAUUAUCGAAGGGUCAGUGGAGAAGAAAAUGUUAUCGAACAAAGGCUUCUGUUGAACUUUAUCAAGCUACGCUUUGCACUCCCAUUUGGUCUUCUGGUCAUGUUUGCCAACUGGCUCGUCCAAAUCUCAACUCCGCCUUUACAAGCUGAUAACCUUGUUCUCUAG